UUGUCUUGGAUAUAAUAUAAAUAUAAUAUAAUGAAUGAUUUCAGUUGUUCUUUAUGAAAUAAUGCUUCUCAAAGGACCAGUGUGUAACAGACGUAUGUUUGCUCUACAUGAGGCCUUCUGCUCGGUUACACAUAAAAGAUCUAAAAGAUGAAAGAACAAAUCAUAACAAUCAUCCUCAUUUACUUUGAAUUCAUGAUAAAGUGACACACACACGUGAUUUCUUCCAUUUCAAAACUAUUUCAAGUGAUUGUGCAUCCUUAUCAGAUAUUGUUGUUAUUGACAGUUAUUGUUGAAGCUGAGUUAAUUAAUUAAAUACAUGUUGAAAGAGAAAGGAUAAACAUUUAAAGAAGCCACGAUGACAGAACACCGUGUGUGUGUGAACGUUUAGUUUAGUAAUUCAUGACGUAAUCUGUGUAACUGCUGUCUCUUACAUCUGUUUCUGUUUGGUAGGAAUGUCGUCUGUGAUGUCCUUGAACAGAAAAUAGAUGCCCUGAAGUGACUGUGUGUGUGUGUGUGUGUGUGUGUGUGUGUGUGUGUUUUCCAGAACAACAGGACAGUAUGGCCACCACUGUUGCUGUCAGUCCCAGUGAAUACCUUCAGCCCUCCACUGCUUCCACACAAGACACCCAGCCCUCUCCUCUGGCCCUCUUGGCCGCCACCUGUAGUAAAAUUGGCCCUCCUGCUGCUCAGGCUCCUGUCACGUCUCCCCCAGCGCAGCCGCAGCCUCGCAGGCUCCUCCCCAUAAAGCCGGCUCCGAUCGCCCCGGCUCCGCCCAAAAACCUGGGUUUCCUGUCAGCCAAAGGCAAUGUGAUCCAGCUCCCCGCAGGCCUGGGCUCCACGGCCCCCGGCAGUCCCAUUGUGCUCACUAUCCAGCAGAGCCCGGCCCGCACCAACACCUCGGCCCCCGCCAACAUCCAGUACCAGAUGAUGCCGCAGAUCCAGGGCGCGCAGACCAUCCAGGUGAUGCCACAGGGAGGUCAGAUCCAGCUCAUACCAGGCACCAACCAGGCCAUCAUCACCACUCCCAUGACCAUGCCGGCCCCCGCAGCCGCCGCCACUCCGGUCACUCCACAGAAGACUGUAGCCAUCAAGCCCUCCCCCAAGUUGCGCAAGCCAAACAACUCUGCUGCAAACAUGGUGCAGCUGCCCGGCGGGCUCACGCUGCCGCUCAAUGUGGCGACCGGAGAGGUGGGCGGGGCUCAAAUCAUCACAGAGACAGCAGCUGCCCCUCCCACUCCAGGAAAGGGACGACGAGGGAGGAAGAAGAAAGCGGUCCUCGCUGCUCAGCCUCCUCCUCCACAGGCUGCCUCCCCACCCCCCGAGCAGAUGGAGACCAUCCUGAUAGAAGCUGGUGACAACAUCAUUCAGGCGGGUAACAACCUACUGAUCGUACAGAGUCCUGGGCAGCCAGCUGUGGUGCAGCAGGUCCAGUUGGUCCAGUCCAAACCGGAGUCUCAGGUGGUUCAGAUCCCACAGCAGGCCUUGAAGGUGGUGCAGGCCGCCUCCGCCACGUUACCGCCCGUCCCACAGAGACAGUCAGUCCCCUCGAGCCUGCAGGUCACUCAGACAGAUCCAACACCGACACAGAUCCUCUUCAAAACAGCAUCGGGUGAGUGGCAGUCUAUUCAGGUCCAGGACUCGGUCUCCACGACAACGACUCCCACCACUUCGGUCGUCACCACCACCACCUCGCCACAGGGCACCACCAAGAGGACGCUGGCGGGGGGUCGGAAGGAACGGACUCUGGCAAAAAUCGCCCCGGCGGGGGGAAUGAUAACGUUGAAUACGCCGCAGCUCUCCUCAACAGCUCAGGCAGUGCAAACGAUCAGCAUCAACGGGGUCCAAGUUCAGGGAGUUCCUGUCACCAUCACCAACGCAGGGGGCCAGCAGCACCUCACGGUCCAGACGAUGCAGGGCGGAGGGCUCCAGCUGGCAACAACGCAGGGCCAGCCGGCCAUCCAGGUAGACCAGACCCUCACCCUGGAGCUGCCCGGCCAGCCAGGAGAAAAGAAGCGACGUAUGGCCUGCACGUGCCCCAACUGUAAAGACGCAGACAAGAGGCCCGGGGAGGUGGGGAAGAGGAAGCACAUCUGCCACGUCCCCGGCUGUGAGAAGACAUUCAGGAAAACGUCGCUGCUCAGAGCUCACGUCCGACUGCACACUGGCGAAAGGCCCUUCGUCUGCAACUGGGUUUUCUGUGGGAAACGCUUCACGCGCAGCGACGAGCUGCAGCGGCAUGCCAGGACACACACAGGAGACAAGCGCUUCGAGUGCAGCCAGUGUCAGAAACGCUUCAUGAGGAGUGACCACCUGACGAAGCAUUACAAGACUCACAUAAACACCAAGAACCUGUGAGCUGCCUGUGUACUGAGUGUAUCCACAGACAAACUCUCUUAAACUGAAGACUGUAUUAGAGGAAGGAGGGGGCAGAGGAGACGAUACCAAGGGAGUGUCUGUGACUUAUCCUAUUGUGGGAAAUACUCCAAAAAAAAA